CUGCAGCGUGUGCCCGGUGUGCCCGCAUGUCCGCGUGUGUGUGUGUGCGGUGUCCGCGCCGCCGGUCCCGCUCGCCCGUGCUGUGGAUACCGGGCUAAAUUUAGCAGGUUGUUGUCGGGGCCGGGGUGUUCGGCUGCCCGGCGGGUGAGGCAGGAGGCUUAUAUUUGGCACACUUUACCCMGCAUAUUAUUCUUACAAAGCCGUGAAAUCAAAGGACAUCAAAGAAUAUGUCAAAUGGAUGAUGUACUGGAUCAUAUUCGCGCUCUUCACGACAGCAGAGACAUUCACAGAUAUCUUUCUUUGCUGGUUUCCAUUCUACUAUGAACUCAAAAUAGCUUUUGUAGCUUGGCUGCUGUCUCCAUACACAAAAGGCUCCAGCCUCCUGUACAGGAAAUUUGUCCAUCCAACACUGUCUUCAAAAGAAAAGGAGAUCGAUGACUGCCUCAUCCAGGCAAAAGACCGGAGCUAUGAUGCCCUCGUGCACUUUGGGAAGCGGGGGCUGAACGUUGCGGCCACAGCAGCAGUCAUGGCAGCUUCAAAGGGWCAGGGAGCCCUGUCUGAGAGACUACGGAGCUUUAGCAUGCAGGAUCUCUCAACAAUUCGUGGAGACAGCAGCAGCACCGUUCCUCCUUCGGUCACUGUACGAACAAGUAGCAAACAGAGCCAGCCAAAAACAUCCAGAAGUGCAUCAGAAGGCACUGGCAGCUCAGGCACCGCCUAGGACCCUUAGACCUCGCUUCAGGAAGAAAAGUACCUCGUCCUCUGCCACUGAAACAA